CUCUUCCUUUAUCCACGCAGCACUAUCCGCUUCGCUUUUCACUUUCCCAUACGCGUCUCCUUUUCUUCUCCACCAGCAUCACCACUGAGUCACACUCUCCGAGUCAUGAACUCACUCUUCACUUCUCCGUAGCAAACAAAACACUCUCACACGACAAAGAAAAAUAAAAACACACACACUGAAUACUCAUUCGCAAAUUAUGCUUUCCCGGUUUGCCCCUCGCUCCACUCUCUAUUUCCCAAUCUCCGCCACCCAACCAAAACCCCUAAUCGGCGCCAACCAUACCUCAGCAAGAUUCUGCUCCCGAUAAAAAAAAGAAAAGCCAGAAUCCAACUUCAAUUCUUUUUCUUUAUUCGUUAUUUUUUUUUUAAAAAAAAAUUACCAUUUUUUUAUUGUUUUUUCUGUGAAGGAAAAAAAAAGGAGAGGAAAGUGCACAGUUUUACCAUGGAACCUACCGCAGGGAAGCCCGGUUCUCUCCGGAACCUUCUGAUACGGUUUCUCCUCUUCGGCGUUUUGGUCAUCGGCGUUCGUUUCGCUUACCUCAUCGCCGUCGCCGGCGAGUCCUGCACCAUAGACGACUUCUGUUUCUUCUCUCUGCCGGACACUCUCAGCCUCGUCAUUGCCGGCACUGGACCUCUCGCCGUCGAGUCUGCCUCCGCCGCCGGCGGUUUGGUGCAGCCGGAGCUUUACACCAGCAAGGACUGGAUCAACGGCGUUCGGUUCUACUCGUCAGCGUUCCAGGACCUCAUCGCCGGCGGCUACCUCUCGCCGGAGUCGAAGACUCUGUGCGUGGAGACGCCGACCGGACGCGACGUAUUCGCGCUGAGGGAGAUCGGCGUGAAGGAUGCCGUCGGAAUCGCGAGAAAGGCGGCGAAGCCUCUCGUGAAGUUCGGCCGAGGCGAGCGGAUUCCGUUCGGCGACGGAGCCUUCGACUUCGUGUUCUCCGGCGAGGACUCGUUCGUGAAGUCGGCGAAGCCGGCGGAGUUCGCGGCCGAGAUCGGCCGGACACUGCGGCCGGGAGGUUUCGCGGUGUUCCAUUUCGCAAACCCUAAAGAUACGUAUAGUUUUAAUUCGUUCCUUGAUUUGUUCAAUUGUUUCAGAGUAGUGAAGUUGCAUGGCUUGGAAGGAUUCGAUUCUUCGAUGCCGUAUAUACGAGAAAUUGUUUUGAAGAAAGAGUGUGGUGAUGGUGCUGGAAAAUUCGAUUUCGAUGAUUCAAAUGGAAAGUGUUAUGUUCCUGGUUAUAAGCAUGAUUUGGUUAAGAUUGCUGAGCCUUUGAUUGAGGAAGAGCCUUUGAAGCCUUGGAUUACAUUGAAAAGGAAUGUGAGGAACAUAAAGUACCUUCCUUCAAUUGCUGAUAUAAGCUUUAAGAAUAGGUAUGUGUAUGUUGAUGUUGGAGCUAGAAGCUAUGGCUCUAGCAUAGGGUCUUGGUUUAGGAAGCAGUACCCUAAGCAGAACAAGACCUUUCAUGUGUAUGCAAUUGAAGCUGAUAAGACUUUCCAUCAAGAGUAUGGGUUGAAGAAGGGGAUCACUUUGGUUCCUUAUGCUGCGUGGGUUAAGAAUGAAACCUUGAUGUUUGAGAUUCAUCGCGAUCCUGGGGAGCAUGUUGAGGUUAAAGGCCGGGGGAUGGGUAGGAUUCAGCCUUUGCAAUCGUCGGGGAGGGGGGAGUUUGAUGGCGAAGUGGAGAAGAUACAGGGAUUUGAUUUUGCUAAUUGGUUGAAGAAGACGGUUUCAAAGAACGAUUUUGUUGUGAUGAAGAUGGAUGUGGAGGGUACUGAGUUCGAUCUGAUUCCAAGGUUGAUUAAAACUGGGGCCAUAUGUUUGAUAGAUGAGAUUUUCCUUGAAUGCCAUUACAAUAGGUGGCAGAGAUGUUGCCCUGGGCAGAGGAGUGCAAAGUAUGAGAAAACAUAUGAUCAAUGCUUGCAGCUCUUCAAAUCCCUUAGACAAAGUGGAGUUCUUGUUCAUCAGUGGUUCUAAUUGUGCCCAGCAUGAUAGGUGAAAUCCUACACUUCUUCUGUAACAUUAUUGUUUUCCUAUUAACCUUCUGCAUGUUACUUUUUACCCCAAACAAUAGGGAAGAUUACUGUGUUUCAAAUUCCUUACCAUGUAACAAUUGCAAUUGAAAAUUGAAUCAUUUCUUCAAAUCGAUGGUAUUUGUUGCAGGAUUCUCUUAUUCUUACCCCUAUUAUAGAUAUGGAAAUGGAUAAUUGAAUUCUGAAA